CGAGAUUUGUCUCUGAAUUUCAAGAUGGCGCUCUCCGUGAAAGAACUUGCAUCUUUGCUCAGCGUCCUCUCUGAGGACACCACCCAGACACAGUCAUUUGAAAACUUAGCCACUGGUUUUCACCACUACUUUACCAAACAAGAUCACUUCAAAGUGGGAUCUUCAAUUGUAUUGCUGCUCCAGAAUCGAGAUUUACUGCCACACCCUACACAGAAGUUGGCUGCCAUCUUUCUUCUGUAUGAGAUGUACCGUACAGAUCCCAUAGCUGCUAAUCCAUUUGCCACUGUCUUUGUUCAUCUUUUGAACCCUCCUACUGAAAACCAAGAAGCAGGACAGUUUGACUUACACUGGGCAAUUCCAGCCAUCUCCCCAGCAGAGAGAUACUUCCUCUCACAACUCAUCUCCAGUCCAACUAAAGAGAUGUUCAAAAAAACACCAACUCAAAUUAUCCAACUGGAUGUCAGUAGCAUGCAGAACUUUGAUGUAAGUGGCCUACAGCUGGCCUUGGCUGAGAGACAAUCAGAAAUGCCAGCUCAGAGCAAGUCAGCCAUGCCAUGUGUAGUUCCUGACCCUGAUACGAAACCUACAAGUUAUGAUCAUUUUGGGAAGCCUGGUGUUAUAAAUCCUGAUGUACAGAGGCAGACUAUUGAGGCCUUACUGACAGGGAACAAACCUCCCGUGGAGAACUGUAUGAUGCCAGAGUUCAUCAGAUUAGCCCCACCCUUACAUAUUGCUGAAGAUGAGCUGUGUUGGAUGAACCCAGUGGACAUGGAUUAUAAUAUUGCCUGGGAUACCACCAUGUGUGUCAGUAGUUCAGCAGGCGUGGAGAUCCGACGGCUGAUGUCUAAAGCAUUUAAAGGAGCACUGACUCUGCCCCAGCAGCAACAAUUACUAACAGAGCUGGAAAAGGACAAUAAAUUGGUUUACCACAUAGGGCUUACUCCUGCCAAGCUUCCAGACUUAGUAGAAAAUAACCCCUUAGUGGCCAUAGAAGUUUUACUGCGAUUGAUGCAGUCCAACCAAAUCACAGAGUAUUUUUCUGUCCUUGUCAACAUGGAAAUGUCUCUGCAUUCAAUGGAGGUUGUCAACAGACUAACAACAGCUGUAGAACUACCAUCAGAAUUCAUUCAUUUAUACAUUUCUAACUGCAUCUCAACAUGUGAAACGAUUCGUGAUAGAUAUUUACAGAAUAGACUUGUACGAUUAGUGUGUGUAUUUCUUCAGUCUCUCAUCAGAAAUAAAAUCAUCGACGUCAAGGAUAUCUUCAUAGAAGUACAAGCCUUUUGUAUUGAAUUCAGUCGGAUACGAGAGGCAGCGGGAUUAUUCAGACUUUUAAAAUCUUUGGACAGUGCCGACCCACAAAAUGUGCAGGCUGCUGCAUCAAGAUAGCAGCCAACAAUGAUGUGAAUGAGAUUGAUGUGAAAUACUGUGAAUUCUUAAGGAAAAAUCGUGUUGUGUGUGAUGUCACUCACAAAGUACCCUUUUGUGAUAUUGCAAUGUCGACAUCACACAUACGUGUACCUGAGUCUAUGGUCAUACAUACUUGUACCUGUGUCUGAGGUAUACAUGCACUUUGAAGAGUUAUACUGUCUUACUUUUAUCUAAAAAUACAAACUUUAUGGUCAAAUUGUUGAUAAGAAAUCUCUAAUGAUUAAUGAAAUGAAAUAAACCUCGACAGUUACAUUUGUAA